UAGUAGCUUCCCCAGAACUAGCGGCAGCAGUGUCGGCUAGCCCGACUGAAGAGAGAGAGAAGCAGGCAGGCGGCGCUGGUUCUCUCCGGGGCUCACAAUGGACAGCCAAGGCAGGAAGGUGGUGGUGUGUGACAACGGCACCGGGUUUGUCAAGUGUGGAUAUGCAGGUUCUAAUUUUCCAGAACACAUCUUUCCAGUGGGAAACAUUGAAAUCAAGGAUCUAAUGGUUGGUGAUGAGGCAAGUGAAUUGCGAUCAAUGUUAGAAGUUAACUAUCCUAUGGAAAAUGGCAUAGUUCGAAACUGGUAUGAUAUGAAACAUCUGUGGGACUAUACAUUUGGACCAGAAAAACUUAACAUAGAUACUAGAAAUUGUAAAAUCUUGCUCACGGAACCUCCUAUGAACCCAACAAAAAACAGGGAGAAGAUGGUGGAGGUCAUGUUUGAAACUUACCAGUUUUCUGGUGUGUAUGUAGCUAUCCAGGCUGUUCUUACUUUGUAUGCUCAAGGUUUAUUGACUGGUGUUGUUGUGGACUCUGGUGAUGUUGUAACUCAUAUUUGUCCAGUAUAUGAAGGCUUUUCUCUUCCUCACAUUACCAGAAGACUAGAUAUUGCUGGGAGAGAUAUUACCAGAUACCUUAUCAAGCUGCUUCCGCUUUGAAGAUAUGCCUUCAACCAUUCUGCUGAUUUUGAAACUGUUCACAUGAUUAAAGAAAAACUCUGUUAUGUGGGGUACAAUAUUGAGCAGGAGCAGAAACUGGCCUUGGAAACCACAGUUUUAGUUGAAUCUUAUACACUCCCAGAUGGCCAAAUUAUCAAAGUUGGUGGAGAGAGAUUUGAAGCACCUGAAGCUUUAUUUCAGCUUCAUUUGAUCAAUGUGGAAGGAGUGGGUGUUGUUGAACUGCUCUUUAACACAAUCCAGGCUGCUGAUAUUGACACCAGAUCCAUAUUUUAUAAGCACAUUGUGCUUUCUGGAGGAUCCACCAUGUACCCAGGGCUUCCAUCUCGUUUGGAACGCGAACUUAAGCAACUUUACCUAGAACGAGUCUUAAAGGGAGACGUGGAAAAACUUUCGAAAUUUAAGAUACGCAUUGAGGACCCGCCUCGCCGAAAGCACAUGGUGUUUCUGGGUGGUGCAGUUCUGGCAGACAUCAUGAAAGACAAAGACAACUUUUGGAUGACCAGACAAGAAUACCAGGAAAAGGGUGUUCGUGUGCUGGAGAAACUUGGUGUGACUGUUCGAUAAACUCCAAGCUUGUUCCCAUCACAUCUUUAAAGCUUUCUUUUUUUUUCGCUUUAUUGCCAAUCUUUGAACUCAUUCAGCUACAUGACAUGGAAAAAGCCUCUUUGUGCCCUUUGACUCAAAAGGUCCAGUUUUGUUCUGAUUUCUCUGGAAAGCUUUGUUAAAACAUUGGUAAAUGUGGCUAAAUUUGACUAUUUAAUUUGACCACUUCCCUACAAACAAAACUGACUACUAAGGGGCCUGUCUUCUGCAUUGUUCUUUCUCUUUAGGCAUCUGGAUAAUUCCUGUAGGCUUUUUUAUUUUCAGUUUACUGCUAUAAUGCUACUAGCUUUUGUCUUUAGCACACCAGGUGGUUUGCCUUUCUUAGCAUAAGAAAAACUUUUACUGCAGCUUUUAUAGCCUAUUCCUUUUGUUGGGGAGUUACCUUUGCACCCUUUGUAGCCUUUCUUCCAUACUGUGGAGCUUUAAGCUGUCACUGCUACUAUAAAUACCUUAAAGCCUUC